CAUUCAUGUGAAAAAAUUAAUAUUCAUGAAUCUCUUCUUUUAUUGUAGACGAUGGGUAGAUUCUUUUCUGGCUUAGCUCAAUCGGGAUCUUGGUGUUGUUUCGACGAAUUCGACCGGGUAGGGAUUGAAGUACUAUCGGUCAUCGCGCAACAGCUAAUCACUAUCACGAAUGCAAAAUUGACUAAUGCCAAUAAGUUCACAUUUGAAGGUCGAGAGAUUAGACUUAUCAGGACAUGUGCAGCAUUUAUAACGAUAAAUCCAGAAUAUUCUGGGAGAAGCCAACUACCCGAUAAUCUACAAACAUUGUUUAGAUCUGUGGCAAUGAUGAUACCAGACUAUAGUUUAAUUGCCGAGGUUCUAUUGUAUUCCGAAGGGUUCAAGUUGUCAAAAAUGUUGUCUCAUAAAAUAGUAAAAAUGUAUCAAUUGUGCAGUGAACAGCUUUCCAUUCAAAACCACUAUGAUUUUGGAAUGAGAGCUAUAAAAAGUGUUUUAGUAAUGGUGGGCUUGUUGAAACAAGAAAAUCCUCUCAUUGAAGACAAUUUAGUCGUAAUUAAAGCAUUGAGAGAUAGUAAUUUACCGAAAUUUCUAAAAGAUGAUGCCAUAUUAUUCAAGGUAUGGAAUACAAUUUUAAAUUGCCAUUGAAACAUAAUGUACAAAAUAUAAUAACUUUAGGAUAUAUUAAACGAUCUAUUUCCCGGAGUUUUUUUACCAGAACAAGAUUAUGAAAUAUUCCUAUCGACUGCUAAAGACGUGAUGGAAAGUGAAGGCUAUCAAAUUAAAGA